AUGUCGAAUACAAAUGUUGGCUCUGAAAUUGAAGGUGAACUAACUAAAGAAAGACAAAAUCUAUUAGAAAAACUAUCGGAAAUAUUUGAUCCGGAAACCGCUUACGAUUAUGUAUGGCCAAAAACACAUGAAUAUCGUCAACAAUUAUCUCUUGAAGAACUGAGACGCCUCAAUUAUAAUCAACAAGAUGAAACUUUAAGGCGAUUGUGUUCGUUGGUACAUUAUCAGACCACAACGCAAUCGCUCUCACAUGCCGAUCUUGAAGGAGCAUAUCAAUCAUUUGUUCGAAGUCAAGUUGCUCAACACUCGCCACGUCAUGAACUUGAACAAUACGUACGAAAUAGUUCCGAUAUAGACUCUGCUAAACGUUAUGUAGACAUGGCUAAUGAUGUUUUAACAAAUCCUCAACAGUCAUUAUUAUUAUUUCGUUCAUCAAAACUCAAUCAACAAAAAGCACAUUUAUUGAAACAAUCUGGUUGUAAUAGUUUACAAAAUUUAAAUCAUGAUCCAAGUCUACAAAAAUAUUUUCCUGAACGAUUACAUAAUACCUCAAGAUAUAUUCCUCAAGACGAAGAUGACUUUUUCAAUAAUAAAAAUGAUCCAUCUCGUCCUAACUCAAUUCAUAUGGCACACAAUGAGAAAAAAUAUCAUAUUCAAUUUCUAAAAGAUUACGACCGACAUAGUGAAUUCUAUAGAAAAAAAUCUAAUCGUCGUCUUAACUUUAGAGAACCAUUAAAAGCAAGUCAUAUUGAGUCAUUGUUUGGUUCAGAAACUUCUACUAUCGCACCAAAUCAAUCGUCAGAGUUAAAUACAUCCAGUAUGCAUCGUGACAUUUUUCCACCAUUAUCUUUAUCUGCAUUAAAAGAAUAUCGUCCAUCUGUUACACCGAAAGCAGUAUCAACUCCAAAGUCAUCAGUAACACCUAGAAUAGCACAACGACGAAAACCAAUGCAUAAAUCAGAUUUUAUAUGGAACCAAUCAAUUGUUUCAUCAGCAACAUAUGAAUGA